AUGGAUCAAGGCGCAAAAGAAGAAAUACUCAAAUAUAUGAAAGAAAAUCUAUCAAACAUUUAUUUCAAAACUUUAAGAGCUAACGAGGUCGAACAAAAUGACGAUGAAAAAUUACGGAUCAUGCGUCAAACGCUGGAUGAUCCUGCUUUGUUUUUAUCAAAAUGGGGAAAGUUUCUCGAAAAAGAACAAUUAAUGAAGUUUGACAGACUUAGGGAUGAUUAUGAAGUAAAUUGGCACUUAAAUAACCUUCAGUCAAAAACCUCGUCCUCUUCAACAUUGGCAGCUUCUCGUAACAUUAAUCCGACAGCUCGUCACAAUAAACAAAUUUUAAACAGAAGAUAUAAAUAUCUAAUCACUAAGCUAGAUGAUACUUCAUACUUUAGCGAUGAGGCAAUGGAACACAGAGAACCAUUAUUGUAUGAGGAUUAUGUGGGGCAAUAUACUACACAAGAAGAACGGUAUCCACCGUUUGCUGAUAAUGUGGAUUUAGUUGAUAGAAUUUUUGACUUAGGAAUAACUAAAGACACUGAUAAAUUGUCAGUGCAAAAGGAGAACUACAUGAACACGGAGAGUGAUCAAUCCAGUACAGCAAUGAUGGUUGAUAGUUCACCGAGAGAUGGUUCUGUUAAUGCAGCAAAUGAUAUUGAGGGUGGACAACAAAAUUCUACAGACAAAAGCAUACAAAUAUCAGAUGAAGAAAAGAAACAGCUGAGGGCUGAUCUUGUUGAGAUUAUGAGAGAAAAGUUUUUUUCUGGAAACGACCCAGAUUUUGAUUAUGACGCAGUGGAUUUUAAUGAAGAGUACGAUGACCUUGAUAUUGAAGAACAGGAAAUUCAUGACAAGUACUUUGAUACCGAAGAUCCAGAUUAUCUAGAUAACGGAACUGGCAUUUUGGAUUAUUGA